GCCGGGGAGGGCAGGGCCGCCCGGAAGUCCUGACCUGCAGGUGGCGCCGGCCGGAGGCUGGGGCGUUGCUGCCACCAGUGGGCGGGGCAGCGGGGCAGCGGGGCGGGGGCACCCUCACCUGUCCGUGUGUGGGGAUCAGCCUGGGCUCCGUGGCCUCCGCUUGCACCGGACGUGGACCCAGGCUACCGGUGGGCAAGAUAGAGGACUGAGCCCAGGCACGCACGGCUGGCCAGGUGGGAUCCCCACCCCCGCUCAGCCUUCUUUCUGCAUGGAUGCUGAAGGACCAGGCUCACUUGAAGUUCUGAGUUUGAGCAGUAAGGUGGAAACAAAGAAACCAAUGGAAACAAAGAAACAAGUCAUUGUGGCAAAGCUCCCCACCACAGAGAAGCUGCCCUGAGUGGAAGGGAGGAAAAGGCUGACCAGCCUCUGGUUCCCGUACCGGUCAACUGAUUGGAGUACCUUUCCAGUUUGGAAACAUCUGGGCAGGCCCAGCUGGUAAGUUUACUUUUCUACUUUGACCAAGCAAACUGAAGCCAACAGAAGAGAACUUUCACCAGCAACUCCCAGCACAUCCGCUCGCCUUCUGAUGUCUGUGACCUCACUCUCGCUGCCCCACCUCUUAUUACAGAUUGAACAGGAUCCAGGGGGAAGUACCAAGCCUGUCCCAUCGGCCAUCCUGUGUGUCAUGUCCUGUGACCCAGUGGAUGCUCAGCACCCUCCAGCUGAAGAAACAGAUUGCCUUAGGUACAUGAAAGGUGAGGACACCUACUAUCCCCAUGGAGCGCAGGUGGGGCUGGGAGUCUGCUGUUUGUACAGCCGGUGGGCUCGUGUUGCUUUGGGCAUCCCUGUGCCUGAAUUCCUGCAGUACACUCGGUGCCUGUUUCCUAAUCUGCAAAACUGGAAUGAUGUUAACCAUCCCGCAGUGCAUUCCAUGGUGCAUCCUCGCCUAGAAUUGAGUGGAAGCAAGUCCAUCUCAGAAGGGACAUACCUGAAGAGAAAUGGCUUUCCAGACUCUGAAGGGCAGAGAAAGCACCAGCCUGGGUUAGAGAAAGAGAACAGCAUCUCUGAGCCCGUCCUGGGUGACCUCACAGAGAUCACCCUAGUGGCCCAGGCUAGUGACCGGGAACAUGUACCUUCCUGCAGCCAACCCCAGACGUCCACUGAUGCAUCAUAUACUGGCAAAGAUCCUGGCCUGGGGGGGUGUUGGCCGCCGGAGAUUCGCCAGAUGUUGGACUCCAGCUUAACCACCGGAAGUGGGCAGGAUGUGCUGAGGGGGCGGAGGCAGCCGCCAAGGCAGCGACGGAGGGGGCUGUCCCUGGCCAGCCGGUCAAUUUGUUCCCAUCUCAACAUUUGCUGUCCCAGUUUCGCAGGACGCCCUUCUCCAGUUUAUCCUUCUCCUGGGAGGUGACAUUUUAGGUUAUUGGGUCCCAGAUUGCUGGCACACUCAUCCCUGUUCUCAAACAUCUUUUAAACUUGGGUGAAGUGAUAAGUUGGGGAAGAAGAUGAUUUACUGAAAGUCUCCCGAGAAGAGAUUCAGACUGAACAGCUUUGUGUCGGACUUUGGAAGACCGCUGGUGCCCAAGGGGUUCUCUGGCAGCACAAUGACGAAUCUAGGUCCCUCUUUCACUGCUACGUCAAUGAAGUGGACCGCAUGGACAAGGCCAAAGCUGGUAUCCCAACCAUAGCCCUUGACAGUGAUGUUCGGCUCCAGGAAGCCAUCAGAUGCAGCAGGUGGCCAGAGAAGGAGCCUAACGGGCUCAUGAAAUGUGACACCCCCAGCUUCAUCAACACGGACCAGAACUCUUCCUUUGGGGAAGAUGAUCUCCUGAUUUUGGAACCACCGAUUGUUCUAGAAAAUAAGCCAGUUGCCCAGACCUCACACAAAGACUUGAAUUGGAAAUGUGCUUUGUCAAGUGUUUCUCUGAAGAUGUGAAGUCUGUCUUUGUAUGGCAGGAAGUCCCCUUUCACAAAAUUGUAUGUGUUUGUGUCUGAGAGAGAGAAAUGGAGACAGACAGAAAGACGGAGACAGAAGAGAGCCCCCUCAGAAGAGAGCUAGCUAAGCACCCCAGACUGACGAAGACAGUGGAGAAUGCCUCUGAGUUUGGCACUGAUUGCCUGGAGAAUGCUGAAACCCAGGGAAGUGGGCAGCACAGACGUUUACUCAUUUAAUCCUGCCAACACAGUAGGAGAUAGAGUCUACAUAUUCCUCGCUACUUAAAAGAUCCCUGCCUUCUCUCUGCUCCUCCUGUCCAUGUCUCUCCCUCCACUUUUCCCCUUCUCCCCUCCUCCUCCCAUCUUCUCCGUCCCUCCCUUCCCCAACUUCUCUUGCAGAACACAGAGAGGAUAGCUGGCCCUCCUGUGCAUGCGCAGUCUGUGCCAGCUGGACCGAGGGUUGGAAGCUGCAACUCCGAGCCGGGGAUCGGCCCCAAAGGCUUCUCAGCUCUUUCGCCCGGUAGGACUUUGGCUCCUGCCCCGGCGCCCCGGCCACAGCUGUCCAGGGCCAAGUGUGCACUUGCCGCGUCUCGCCCCAGCCGGGCUCCCCUCAGUCCGCGGCUGGCGUCCCCUUCCCCUCUCCCGCCCGCGAGUUCUCUCCUCCCGGGCUGCCUCUCCUCGGCCGCCGGCCCGUCCCCGCCCCUGGGCGGGCUGUGUCCCGGGCGGGCGGGGUCUGCGGACCCGGACGGUGGCGGGCGGCUGGGGCUGGGGCUGGACUCCGAGAGGGGCUACAGCCCGCGUCCCCCCCCCCCCGCUUUCCCUGACCCGCGACCCCGGGGCUGCCCUCCUCUCCCUUUCCCGCUACCUGGGGACCAGCUCAGUGGUGUGGGCGCUGCUCCCCGGGCUGAGAGCCUCCGGCUGUGAACCCCAGCUUCUCCUGUUGGAGUCGGGAAAAGGGAGCGUCAGUGCUGAGCGAGCUUCCGUCUCCUCCCUCAGUGUUUCUGCCCCAGUGAGAGGGCUCAGUAGUGCUCUGCCAGCAUGAUUUUGGGGCAAUUUGGGGGCAGAUAUCGUGCACAAGCAGUGAGAUAUUUCCAUGCAUUUUACUUUCCGGACAUCACCAUGGAACAUGUGGGGGUUUGUGCCUGCAGGCCGGGAUGCUGCAGGACUCCCUGGUCCAUCACCGUUAUGUCUUGGAGCUGCUCCAGUCAGUGAAUGACUUUCUGUGGCUUGGAGUACGUUUUGGUUACUGAGACCCUCGAAUUCCCAUAUGAAUUGUAGCAGCAGCUAGUCAGUUUCUGCAGAGGAGACCGCAGGGAUUGUGAUCGAGACCACGUUGAAUAUACGGAUCGUUCUGGGGAGCACUGCCAUUCCAAAAGCGCUGUCUUCUGAUCCAGCAAUGUGCCCUCACCUCCAGUAGCAUCCAUCCAGACACCGGAACUGACACUGGCCGUGCUCCGAACUGCCUCAGCCCUGAAGACACAACUGACAAAUAGAAGGGGACCACGCCCUGUUACAGCAGGUGCUCUCACUUUGUGGAUCCUUAUGUAACUGAGCGGUGUUAAUCAGGAUUGCCCGUUCUACAUUUUGUGGCGCUGCUGCGGUGUCUCCUAAUUACUUGUUUCUCUCGCUUUAUUCACUCAGGGGUAUAUCAUGGACGUCCUCCCACUCCAGACUCACCCGGCCCUUUCAGAUAGAUUGGAGGGGUCUCCUGAUGUGCGGGUGUCGUCUCUUGUCCACGGAAACAUUUGGUGCGAGACUGCUGUGGACAAGGCCCUGGACCACGGCGAAACGCCGGCUCCCUCAGCGCCCGCAGCUCGCCUUGAUUUACCGCAUCAUUGUCUUGAUGGUGGACAGUUAAGUUUUCUCCAUUUUCCACUGUCAGAAAGAAUGUUUGAGUUGCAUCCUUCUUGUACAGAACUUCCUGUGAUCUUGUAUGUGUAUUCCUUUAGUUAAGGCUUCUGGAAAUUUAGUCCCUGGAUGUGACAUUUACAUUCAUCACAGACUCCUUUCAAGUGACUAGAAAUUCCUUCUCCAUUGGGGAAUGAAAAAAUGCACAAUUACUUAUGUAACCAAUUCUCUAUCGCUGGAUAUGAUUUCACUUCAGUUUUUCUUCCCACCUUUGUAAACAGUGCUGUGUAAAUGCCCUGAUGGGUACAUCUUUUUGGACUGAUUUUUUUUUCCUAAAGGAAACGAUUCCUAGAAGUGGAGUUGAGUCAGUGUGUAUGUACGUUUUUCAGAGCUUACAAAUCCAUUGAUAUGUCAUCCUCUGAAAAAGUCGCUCAUGAUUUGUUCUCCCACAGAUGGACACUAGCUAGAUUAUCUUAAAAAUAUUUGCCAAUAUGAUAAGCAAAAGUGCUUUUUCAUUGUUUUUUUUUGCAUUUGAUGACCAGUGAAGUUUUGAGCAUUUUUCACUCAUUAGUCAUUUGACUUUUUUAAAAUGAAUGAUUCCUUUUGUCCUUUGCCCACAUUUAAGUGAGGGAGCUUCUUGUUGCUUUGUGACAGCUUUUUGUAUGUUAUGAAAAUUAACUUCGUGAAUUCAUCAACAUGUAUCACAGAGCUUUUUCUUGUCAUUUCUUUCCUUUCAUUUUGUUCAGGAAGUUUUCUGAUUUUUGUUGUGGCUCAAACUAUUCUUAGGAUAGUAAAUGUCUUCCUUAUGGGUUUUAUCUUUGACAUUAUUCUUAGAAAUACUCUCUUAUAAUGGAAUAAAUCUCUUCUGUAGGUAUUUUUUAAUCUCUAAGAUGGAGAUUAUAAUAGUACAUGUUAUAGUGAGGAGAAGUUGAGUUAAUAAGAGCAAAGAGUUGUAUUUGCUGUUACUAGUACUUUUUAAUAUUUACAUCGCUAUCUGCAAUUUAUCUUGUGGUCAUUAUGACAGGAGUAGAAUUUAUUCUUUCCAGGUGAUUCUCUGUCCCAGGACAAUUAUCGAAUUCAUAAUUUUCUCUUUGAUUUGAAAUCCCACCUGUACAAAAUACUUACAUACACUAGAGUCUUUUUUGAGCUCAUGGUUCCCUUCUGUCAAUCUCCUUUCCUUACUCCAGCACCAUAUCUUACAUGUUGUAAAAAUUUAUUUAAUAACUGGCAGUCUGAUUUUUUUUGAUUCUUUUCUUCCAUCCCAAAUUUUCUUGUCAAGUAUUAUGACUUUAUUAUUCCUGAAGAAUUCCAAAAUAUUUUGUUCAAGUUAAAAAAAAUCAGAUUGGAAUUUUCAUGGGAUUUUUUAGUAAGUUUUGAAUUAUUCUUAGGAGAACUUACAUCUUUACAAAACUGCUUUUCUCCAUGCAAUAUGUUUAUGUCUCUACAUUCAUACCUCUUACUUUAACCCUCAGUACAGUCCUGAAGUUUCUCCAUUUAGAAUAUGGGCAUUAUUUUUGAAUUUAUUCCAGAUUAUUGUUUAUGUUUUUGUUAAUUUUGUAAGUGAGAAUUUUUUGCUAUUAUAUUUUUAAAUGUUUAAAACUGACAUUUAGAAAGGAAGAUUCGGUUUGUCAAUACUCACUUUGUAACUUGUCAUUUAAAAUUGUAAGUAUUAAGUACUUGUUCCAGAAUCCUUUCUUUUCUGUUUUUUAAAAUUUGUUUCCAAGAUUCUCAAAAUGUUCAUAGCUAAGUAGUAUAGGAGGGGACACAGAUGGAGAGAGGAAGUGUGGCUCACGAACAAACUGUGAGCAAUUUCAUGGCUGCCUUUAGGCUGGAGAAGCCACAGAAGAGCCCAGGUUAGACCAAGGGUGGCUUUGUAUGCACUUGAAAGCCAGCUUUCCUGCCUGUAUGGUGAAGCCUGGUGGGCGUGGCAGGUAGAUGAUCAAGGUCUGAUCAAGGUCAUUGGCUGCACAGAGCACUGUGUCUGUGAGAACUGGAGACCAUUACCAUGGGAAAUGCUUGGCGCCAGGAACACUGCAGGGGAGCUGGGGAGCCUGUGUGUUAAGGAUUUUCCAGCCCUGGGAGAGGGAAGAUGAGACUCUGCAUUCAGAUCUGAGUUUGAAUUCAUCCUCUCUUGUUUACUGGUCCUCUGACUUUUGUCAAGUUAUCUACCCGCUUUGAACUCCUGUUUUCUUGUCUCUCAAAACAGGAGAAUUACAGCCUGCUGCUAGAGUGUUUGAUCAGGGUAAAUGAUUUGUGUCUAUAAGAUGCCACGUACAGUCACAAUCUCAGUGAGAAAUGGGCUGUCGCCUCUUCUUCUGCAACUCAGUGCUCGAUAAGACAUCGGGGGAAAGCCAGUCCCUAAUUUGUAUGUGAUGCAAUGAGGAACAAAAUUAACGUCUUGCCUUUCCCUAGCAGGAUUCUUAUUUCUUUGCUUCAUUUACCUCUUUCCUCCUUUACUCUCCCCUUUCACCUCCUCCACCAAAAGAGACUGAGUCUGUCUCAGAACACUACAUUCAAAUUACUUUAAAUGUUGGCUCAUCCCCAUGAAAUUACAGUGAAAUUAAAAAUAAUCUGUACACGUCCCAGACAUGAUUAUAUUUGAUUUACACACACACACACACACACACACACACACACACACAAUCAGGCUACCUCCCAUUUGCUGAGGGAGAAGGACCACUUUUUCUGAGUUUUCAUUCACUGAGCGUGAGAGCAAAGUCUCUUAAGCAGAAAUUCGCCUGGCUUCUUGCAUGGUUUUUUAAAUUGGAUUUCUGCUUUGUGUCCACAGAAAUAGACUCCUAUUAGAAGAGGGGAAGUGGAGACAUAGAUAUUCUGCUGAGAUAUUGGUGUCAUCAUAUUUGAGUUGGAAAGGACUUACGACAGCAUAGAGUCGUACCUUUUUAUGGGUGAGAAUCCAUGAUAGUGUAACUUGGACAAGAACCCGGGUCUUCUGUCUUCAUGUCCACGCGGAUGAAGAGGCAACUGGGUGGGGGAUGGCAGGGAUCCUUACUUGAGUUCCGGGGUCUUGCUAGUUUCCAUUGUUCAGCUGCCUUUAGUUUAUGUCCAUGUGGCCUCUCAUGGGAAGGUCACUCUAUCCUGAUAGAUUGAGUUUCUAAUCAGCAAAAAGGUCUGGACCCACUCAUGUUUCCCAGAGAUUUUCUGCUGACCUGCUGACAGUUUAUAUACAUGAGAUCUUAGAAACUGCUGGAUAUAAAAUCCUUAUUGUUAUCAUUUGCCCUCGAGUUCCACAGGAAUGGGGUGCUGUCUCAGGCUGUCUAAGGCCAGCUCUGAACAAAGAUAGGGUGAUAGGCUGUGCAGCUGGACACUCCCCAGUCGAAUGGGAUUUCCACCUUAGUUUUUAGAAUCAGGCAGAUGAGUUCAAAUCUUACCUUUACCAGUUAUUAGCUUUGUGACCUUGAGGAAGAAACUUUACUUUUUUGGGGACAAAUUUUCUUUAUCCGUAAAUAAGUUCAGUAUUUAUUUUAGGGUUUUUGUUUUAGAAUUGAAUGAGCUAAUUCCCUCAUUUAUUCCUAAAAUACUGAUCACAUGGUUCUAUGCUGGUGACCUAGUGGUUGAUUACUAAGGGACUCAGUAGUGAGAAUGUGGGUGAGGCUCCCUGGAUAAUAGAGCUUAUAUUCCAUGAUAUGCUUGUAAAAGACUGGAUUGCAGUGGAUUUUUAGUAAAUGUCCAUUCUUUUCCUAAUCCCCAUUGAUUGUGUAUAUAUCUUUAUACUAAUAUAUGAACAAUUUUUUAUUGCAAUAUAAGUCUUUUUGUAGUAUUUAAAGUAUGUAGCUAUAACAAAAAUACGUGAAAUAAAAUGAUUUGACUUUUAUUUUCUUUUCAAUAAACAAAACAAAAUAAAAUAGAAAAGAAAAGAAAAAGUUUUGAAGGAGUAGAAAUAAUUUUAUUUCCGUGUAAUCGACUCCCUAUGUUAGGUUUUUCGGUUGUGUUCUUAAACAGCAUAUAAAAUUGACAGGUUUUGACUUCAGUGUUGAUAGCUGGGUGAGUAUAGUUUCUUUUUGUGGUUGUCUUUGAUGAAUUAUUUGCACUAGAUCAUAAAUAAUGUGCAUGUUACAUAUUGGAAACGAGGAAAGAGUGGAGACAUACUACCUCCAAUGCAGUCAUUUUGUUACCGAGUCCAAACUCAUUCUGCUCACCAAAUGACAGGCCAAUAAACUGGGAGAUGAGGUGUUGGAGCAAGGAAUAGUGACUUUAUUUGCAAAGCUGGCAGACCCAGAAGAUGGCAGACUGAUGUCCUGAAGAACCAUCUUCCCCAAGUCAGAAUUGAGUCUCCUUUUAUACUAAAAAGGGGUGAGGCUGCAGUUGGUUGUUGGAAACUUCUUGUUGUAUGAAUUGCUUGUCCUUUGAAUCCGCUGUUCUUGCAGCUGUCCAUGUGGAUCAAAUCAUGUUGCCAUUGUAAUACCUCCAAAAGUAAAACAAAGUUAUUCUCUAUUUUGCAACUUGCCAUCUCUACAUAAGUGCAGAUUAGUUAGCAUCCUUCAAGAUCACGGCCAGGAGAAGAGGCUGUCCUGGAUAUUUCAGUCUAAAGGCAACUUUCUUUUACAAAUGGUGCAGAGAUAGCAAGUCUGAGCCUAGAAAACAGGGCACAGGUUUAAAGCCAAAGGAACAGACCUAACAUGGGGUCAAAAUUGUUCUUUUCUAUUACAAUUCCCUUUUCCGCUUCAUAGAUAAUUUUAGUAAGAAACAUGAGCAAUUUUGUAUUUUUGCUUCUUAAUAACCGAUAAGUGGGCCAACUAUAUUUUUGUGAGCAGGGAUGCUGUGCGGGCAUAGGGGUCACAGCAAACUCUUGUUGGGGGUGGCCGACCCUGGAACAUGUCUGAUGCCCCGUGAGUGUUGGUGAGGGUCCCCUAGCCAGCGGCUCUCUUCAGGAGGCAGCAUAUGGGCAUUGAUAUCUGGAGACCUCAUUUUCGGCUGCAGGAAAUUUUUUAGAUACUGCGAUUGAAAAAUCACUCCAGCUGGGGAUAAUUAGGGAAAAAAGGAAAAGUAAAAGGGUUUGGAGUAGAGUAGAAGAGAAGGACAUCAGAUCACGGAGCCUGAGUGCUUGGCAGCGGGGCUUCGGGGGAGAGGGGAGCAGACGUGGGGAGGGGCCUGGCACCGGAACCAGCUCCUGCACCUGUCAACAUGCCCAAGCCACAUAGCUUUUAAUUGGGCCACCUCUCUGGGCUGGAUGUCACCCUGUGCAGAACCUUGAGAAUCGAAGGUAAGGGGUGGGCAGCACUCACCUAGGGGUCACUGUAGAUUUCGGUCAAGUCCACAGUGCCUUUUCUGUUCAUGUGUCUUCACUUGUCCUUUAUCUCAGGAUCUGAGGAGGAGGAGAAAGGAACUCAGAUAGAGAUCCAGGAAGAUAUCCGACUGUGUUAAGAGAGGACAGACACAGUGACACGGGGAGCGAGGACACUUGCAGCAAAGUAAAAUUACUUCACAACUAUUGCUUCAGAGUUGCAGGUGUGAGAGAGCCUAAGCCUGUCUCAGAGUGCAGGGGACAAGUGGAAAGGAAUGGCAAAAUUUCCACUGAAAAUUGAAAUUUUGUUAAAUAGCCUGCUACUGUUGCUUGUAUCACUUGAAUGAAUGCAGGCAUAUUUCUGUGGGCAUUUAUAGGUUCACUCAACCCCAGCAGCCCCUCUUGCCCCCAUCGGGGAUGGGAUUUCUCAAGCACAGUGCCCCUCCUGCUUGGGUGGGCCACGCUGCGUGUCCUCGCCUGGGGCCGGGCUGCUGCAGGGCACUGAGUCCCUGAGGCGCGGCCUGGGAGACAGGACAGGAAUAUCUCUGCUCUCGACUGAGGGCCUCCUUUUCCCCCUGCAGUGUAAGAAUUCCGGUGACUGAGUUAGAAGCAUGCUCCCAAGCUGUCCGUGUCCUUGCCAUUCAGAAGCGGACCCUGGAAGCUUCCAAAUUUCUCCAGAAUGCGUUCUACAUUCACUUUCGGCAGUUGGCCCGCCAUAUCUGCAGUUUCCACUUCAUGGAUCCAGAUGGCUGAUUGUAAAGGGACUCGAACAUCCUUGGAUAAUGGAAUCCAGGAUGGGGGGUUCCUGAAACCAACCCCUCGAGGAUACUAAGGGAUGACUCUACAUGUAGGAGUGAAAUUGCUGAGCCAUAUAACUCUAACCUUUUGAGGAAACAACAGACUUCUCCAAAGAAGCUGCACCAUUGUCCCUUUCCACUGGCCGCAUAUGAGAUACCCAGCUUUCCCUGCACCAUUUGUUGAAUAGACAAUUCUUUCCAUGGAGUGUUGUUGGCACCCUUGUGGAAAACUGACUGUAAAUAUAAGGAGACUGAGAAUUAAGUCUUCUCUCUUUGGGUGGAGCUCAUUAUCAAUGACGGGAAGUUGUAAGGAAAAAGAUAUUGAUUCAUCCUGAGAAAACAUUUUUCUGAGAGUCAGCAGUGAAGAAGGUGGACACUGAAGAAGAACCCAGAGUGGAUCGCUGGCCCUCCUGCACAUGGGCAGUCGGUGCCAGCUGGACCGCGGGUUGGAAGCUCCAGCACCGAGCCGGGGAUCGGCCCCAAAGUCUUCUUAGCUCUGUCGACCGGACAAGCUCAGCGGCGUGGGCGCUGCUCCCUGGGCUGAGAGCCUCCGGCUGUAAAGCCCAGCUUCUGGUGGAGUCGGGAAAGUGGAUCCUCAGUGCUGAGCGAGCUUCUGUCUCCUCCCUCAGUGUUUCUGCCCCAGGGCCUGCAACAUGAGCAUCCCUGACUACGUGCAGUUUGCUGAGGACUAUGAGACUCUUCCCGUGGUGGUCAAACCAGUGGGGAUCAUCUCAGAGGAGAAUUUCUUUUGCAUCUAUAAGCGAACCUCCUUGGUGAGCCAGAUCAGCCCGUGCAGCUCCCAGGGCGCACUCUCUACGCACUACAGGCACCACUAUGCGCCCAAGAAUGGAUGGAGCUUCUUCCAGACCCACCGCAUGGUUGUGGGCCUUGUCACCAUUACCGACUGCCUCUCGGCCAAGGCCUUCGAGAAGCUCCACGUGCAGAGGAGCUGUAUGGCAUCAUGCUUAAUGACUCUCAGCUCUUUGUCUUUGUGCUGCAUGGGGAGGUAAGCCAAGCAGCCGCGCACCGACGUGGCCUUCAAUCUAUGAGGACUGCAGGGUGGUGGAGAAGAGGAUCGAGGACUUCACUGAGUCACUCUUCAUCUUGCUCAAGUCCAAGUGGCUGGAUGGGGCCCCUGACAAGUCUGGGGACAAGAUCCCACUCCUCUGCAUGCCGUUUGAGAAGGAGGACUUCAUGGGACUGGACACAGACAGCAGGGCCCUGUGAUCUACAUGCCCGCACUCACCAUCUGCUCCUUGGAGAUGAGGUGUCAGGUUUAGGAGCCUGGGCACUGCUGAGGGCACAGCUGCCAGCACCGUGCUACACGGAGGCUGGCUCCCUUCACCUCACAUGUCACCUCCUGCUGAUCCACCAGGCGUCAGUCAAGAAGUUGGUCUCUUCUCUGCAAUUCCACCCUGGCAGAUGUGAUGGUGGUCAGCGUGCUGGUGGGCAGUCAUUUGGGAACUCCCAGGAGCCAUGCUGAUUCUCCUGAAUCUCUCAAUCGGGGUUACAGAACAGUCGAGAACCGAAGGAAGCCCAUUCACGUGAGGAAGCCCCGUAUGCAUAAGCAGAUAUUUCCAUCUUCCCCAUCGUCCCCCAGCCCCAAUGAGCCACUCUUCUCUCUCUGUGUAUUUGCCUGUACUGGACAUUUCAUUUAAAUCGAGUCACUUCAUUACGUUUUGGUUACUGAGACCCUCGAAUUCCCAUAUGAAUUGUAGCAGCAGCUAGUCAGUUACUGCAGAGGAGCCCACUGGGAUUAUGAUCGAGACCACGUUGAAUAUAUGGAUCGCUCUGUGGAGCACUGACAUUCCAAGAGCACUGUCAUCUGAUCCAGGAAUGUGCGUGGUGUGUCUGUCCAGAGUUCUAUGUAUAGUUGGUUACAUUCUAUACAUGGAAAUUUCUCCAAAACUGCUUCCCACGUGUGUCCCAUGGCUCGGAAUGGGGUGGUUCUGCUCAUUGACGGGUGUUGGCCAGAAACCGAAAAUGACAUCCUCCAAGAAGCCUGGGAUUUGUCAGUUAUGUUUUGUCAGUGCUGAUGACUUCAGAAAAUGCUUUCACAGUUCCUCUCCAUCUGAGGCGGCAGCAUGCUCUCUUAGCAGCAUCAGGAGCUCAGGGCCACGGGAUGGUGGGGGUGACUGCACUGCCUUCAAGACAGCUGAGUUAGUCACUGCAGGCGUGGUGCUUUCACGUAGUGCAUUUCAUGUUCUUUAAUAGGCUUCAACAGGGAGUUAAUUGAGUUAAUUAACAUGUAAUAAAUAUGAUGCUUUGUUGUAAAGACAGUUAUAGGCAGAAUAUAAGCUGUGAAGACUUUAAAAAAUGUUUCAUUACUUAAAUUUCAGCAGGGAAGAUUUAGUUUAUCUUAUUUAUGCCUCUCUUUAAAAGUAACAAAGAAACAAGACAGAAAAAGCAGAGGAUGAUUUCUGUUCUUCCUCUCGGCAUGCAGGUGCCCUCACCUCCAGUGGCAUCCAUCCAGACACCAGCACUGACACUGGCCGUGCUCAGAACUGCCUCAGCCCUGAAGAUACAACUGACAAAUAGAAGGGGGCCAUGCCCUGUUACAGCAGGUGCUCUCAAUUUGUGGGUCCUUAUGUAACUGUGCGUUGUUAUUCAGGAUCGCCCAUUCUACAUUGUGUGACGCUGCUGCGGUGUCUCCUAGUUAUUUAUUUAUCAUUCCUAGGAGAGAAUUCAGCAGUGCAGCAUCCUCUCCGAGCUCUAUGAGUUGAUCGGCUUCCACCGCAAGUCCGCCUUCUGCAAGCGGGUGGCCCCCGUGCAGCGCGCGGCCCCCUGCAUCACGGAGCCUGGCGGGAAGGUCUGCUACCGACUCCUUCUGCAGACGCUUCCUGGCUACAGUCUGUCGCUGGAUCUGCAGGACUUCAGCAAAGGUGUUGGAACUAAAACAUUGCUUCAGUCCCAUUAACCAUGCCUGGUUUGGGCCCUGCUGUCCUGUCUCAUCAGGGUGAAUCCUGAUUCGUUUAGAAAAGGGCUCAGCAGACUUUUUCUGUCAAGGGCUUGGGAGUAAGUAUUUCAGUGUCUGCAAACCUCCUGAUCUCUGGUGCAGCUGCUCAGCUCUGCUGUUCAGACGCCAGAGCAGCCGGACAUUCCACACACACACAGAGUUUUAUUAACAGCGUUGGCUGGGGCUGGAUUCGGUGUAUGAACUGCAGUUUGUCCCCACAGCUCCUCACUAUUGACGCCUGCACCAGAGCGUGCAUUUGCGACAAUGGGUGAACCUGCACUGACACGUCAUCAUCACCCAGAGCCCAGACUUGACACUAGGAUUUACACUUGGUGGUGUGCACUCUGUGGGUUUGGACAGAUGUGAAAUGACAUGUAUCCGCCGUCACAGCAUCAUACAGAGUAGUCUGUCUUAGUGACCUUAAAAUGCUCCGUGCUGCACCUCAUUCAUUGCUCCUUCCCCUCUAGCCUCUGACAGCCACUGAUCUUUUACUCUCUUUGGUGUUCCCUUUCCCAGAACACCAUACAGUUGGAAUCAGACAGUUGCGGAACCUUCCCAGAUUGGCUUCUUUCACUUAGUAAUAUGCAUUUAAGGUUCCUCCAUGUCUUUUCCAUGCCUUGAUAACUCAUUUCAUUUUAGCACUAAAUAAUAGUCCACUUUCUGGCUGGACCACAGUUUAUCCAUUCACCUACUGAAGAAGAGCUUAUUUGUUUCUGAGUUCUGGUGAUUAUGAAUAAAGCUGCUAUUAACAUCUGUA